AUGAUCCGCCGCAACUCAGACAUCGAGAUUCAGCUCCCGGAUGCUGCGCUCAGCUCUGUUUCUCCCGUUUCGCCGGAGCCUGUGAACGAGCCCGACGUGGAGAUGUCAGCCGAGGGACAGACGCCGCCGUUGACGCUCCCGCCACACAUUGCCGCCCGGUUCUACCGCAGAAACAGCAAAGUGCGCCGCUCGUCGGCUGCCUCCUCGCGGAGAAGCUCGAUAUCGUCUCUGCAUUCGCAUCACUCGAAUGCCUCGUCGAAUGGCACCCCGAGCACCGAUCACAUUGACCAACACCUCCGCCGCACCUCUAUUCUGGAGAGUCGCAAGGCAAGAUUGGCCGACCGCGCCUUACAUGCCGAGAAAGUGAGGCUGCGCGCCGCGUUGGCCAAAGCAGCUACCCGGAAUUUGCACAUCGAGGAGAGAGCAUUGGCUGCCCAGCAGGCCCGUGAGCGUCUGCUGGCUGAUAUUGCUGCCAAGUGCGAAGAUCAAGUCAAGCGGGCCAAGAAGAAGGCGGAGGAUCAUCGUGAGAAGAAAGCUGCAGAGCACGCCCGCUUGCGACUGGAGAUGGCGGAGAAAUUCGCAGAGGCUGAGAAGCGCCGCACGCUUUACCAGCAAACGCAUCGCCGCCAACGCACGAGCAGCUUGCCUGCCGAGCAGGAGAAGAAAAUGGCCCUCGCAGUCACCAAGUCGCUGACCCAGGAUGAGGCGGCUCGGAAGAUUCAACGGGUUUGGCGCACUCAUCACGCAAAGAUGGUCAUGCAGGAAUUCCGGUCCCUAAAUCUCUCGGUCGACCGGAUUCGUGCCAUGACCUUUGAGGAGGUCGGAGCCUUGGUUUCCAACCAAGAGGUGCUGGCUACCAUGGCCAGAGUCCUCCGUCUCUGUGGCCUACAAGAUAUGGAAGGUGGCGCGAUGGGUGAGCGGGGUGCCGUGCGCACGUUCCUCAGCAGCUAUCUGAUUGUGACGCAUCCAACCGAAGUUUUGAGCAGCAACGGCGAACAGGAACAGGACCUGAUCGCCAAGGCCCGGGAGCUGCUAGCGGCCUUUGAUCAGGUCAUCGCGCUACUGUCAUCGGGCUGCUGCUCACCGACGGUCAUCACUGCCGACCUUCAGACAUUGUGUGAAUCCUACAAUGUGUUUUUUUCGGCAUUCCAUGCGUGGAAGUCGCACGACUCAACUGUCUUGAUUGAGAUUAUGCUUGCGCAAUUUGUUGAAUUAGAACUUAUCUGGCAGACGGUCAAAGACGACCAAGCCGGAGGCGUUGCGGAGGAUUACCGACAGGGCAUCCGACAAAACCAGAUUCUCCUCCUCGCCAGACUCAAGCGGCUUGCCGGGUCUGACAGCGCGAUGCAGCUUGUUCGGAAUGCGCUGAAGAAGGCCAAGCGGGAAAAGAAGCGUGCUGCCUCCAAGCAAGAUAUUCCUCGGUCUGCCGAAGCUGCGCCGUCAACAGACGCCUUGACAGAGAGUGUCACAUCGCCUAUUAGCGAGAGCUUCAACAACGUGGAUUCUGGGGUUUUGCAAGAGCUGGACAAACAACGGGUGUCGCCGCAUGAGCGGUUCACCAAGAUUCUCACCGCGCUGCCCGAGAAUCGGGUCCUAGUGCACGAGUUGCUCAUCAACAAAGAGUUUAAGAUCGAGGAAGCCCCGUACACCGAACCCCGCAGACAAAUCAUGAAGCACAUGUGUGACAUGAUGCGGAGAGAUAUUGAGGCCGGGUUUGGGACAGACUGGACUGUCGCCAUGGCUACGGUGAUCCAAGACCGUCUGCUGCGCUCACUUCGACCCGGCAAUUCCCUCUAUGUGCUGAUCAGCGAGGUCCUGGAUCCCAAGCUGGUAGAGAGCCAAUGCAAGGCUGGUACAUUCUCCUAUGAGAAUUUCUUCAACUUCAUGAACAGCAUCUUGCCGCGUCUCUGUGCUCCAUACCGGGAUCCGGAGGUCACCGCUUUUUCCGAGGACACGUCCGGUGAUGCCAUUGAUCGACUGGUGAGGUUGAUGAGCAUCAUCGAUCUGCUCUCUUUGGAUCACACCAACUUCAUGAUCCAGGUGGCCGCUCCGCAGCUGAUCCAAGAGGCUCCCGGGUAUGAACAGCGAACGUUUGAUCGGGCCCUGAGCGACGGAUCAGCCAGCUUAGGAAAGACUCGACGGUUUUGGCGCACUCAUCGGAAGAUCAUUGUCGAUGAGAUGAAGAAACGGGAUCCUGAGAACAUCCACGGAGAGCCACGGCCUCAUGCCUCCCGGAUCUAUGCUCAGGGUCUUGCAGACCUGGUGCUGAGUAAUGCCGCUGUAUCAGAGGAUCUGAUCCCUGAGACUCUGUCCCUUGAUCGCCAGCGUUUGGAACGGCUGCAUGCCAAGGCAUUUCAAAUUGUCGCGACGGCAUCUAUCUUGCUGACCGCUAAGAACCUGCUGAAACGGGAUGCCCGAUCGCAAUGGAAGCCCGAAGCAGAUCGCAUCCUCUCCCUGGACUUCAAUGAGAUCCGUGCGGAUCGAGUGCAGUCGAUUCUCGAGUCCACGCAUCCUAUGCCCCCCGCUGCAAGCGCACAGCUAGCAGCCACUAUCCGACGAGUUCUUGCUCCCGUCGCGACAGCCCACGGGGUAGCUACGCCGCAGGCCGCAGUGGAAGUCUCGACCGAGACGAACUCCGCACCAUCAUUCUCCGGCGAUGAUUCCCAAGCAGGCCGUGGAAGCGGAUCACCUGCACCUAGCUUUUCCGACCCCGUGGCCCGACUUAUCCUCUCUCGACUCCGAAGCCACGUCCUUUCCCGCCUCAGCGCAUCCAGCGCCUCUGAGCGAGUGAAGGCAACCACGACCGCCAGCCAGAGCCUCGCCGGAGCAGGGAUGCCCGAAUUCGUCGGCGAAGUCGGGCAGCUGGUGGAAGAAUUGGAGAAAGUCCGCGAGGUGGAUUGGCUCUGUCAUGGAGCCGUGUAUGAGCGUCUAUGCGGCGAAGGUGUUUCUGCUAGUGGCGCCUUUGGACCGUCACAGUCACAAUGA